AUUUGUGGGUGCUACUUUUCUACCAGCUGUCAACGCAACACCAAGUUUUAUACUGAUCCUGUGGAAGCUGUAAAAGAUAUACCCAAUGGGGCAACUAUACUUGUUGGUGGUUUUGGAUUGUGUGGGAUCCCUGAGAACCUUAUAGGGGGUUUACUGAAGACUGGAGUAAAGGAAAUAACUGCAGUCAGUAACAACGCAGGUGUUGACAAUUUUGGACUCGGUCUUCUGCUUAAGACUAAGCAGAUAAAACGCAUGGUAUCAUCAUAUGUUGGAGAGAAUGCCGAAUUUGAACGCCAGUAUUUAUCUGGUGAGCUUGAGGUUGAGCUUACACCUCAGGGUACGCUUGCUGAACGCAUUCGAGCAGGAGGAGCAGGAAUCCCAGCGUUUUACACCAGCACCGGCUAUGGGACGCUGGUGCAGGAAGGGGGGGCACCUAUCAAAUACAAUACAGAUGGCACUGUUGCCAUUGCCAGCCAGCCAAGAGAGGUGCGAGAGUUUGAUGGUCGUCACUUUAUUAUGGAGAAGUCAAUUACAGGGGAUUUUGCUCUUGUGAAGGCAUGGAAGGCUGAUCGUGCAGGAAACAUCAUUUUCAGGAAAACUGCAAGAAACUUCAACCAACCUAUGUGCAAAGCUGCCAAGACAACUGUGGUGGAGGUGGAAGAAAUUGUUGAUAUAGGAGCGUUUGCCCCAGAAGACAUUCAUGUUCCCAAAAUCUAUGUUGAUCGUCUGAUACAGGGAGAGAAGUUUGAGAAGAGAAUUGAACGCUUAUCAAUCCGAAAGCCUGAAGACUCAAAAACCAAACAAAAACAAGGAGACAACAUGAGGGAGAGGAUCAUCAGACGAGCUGCCUUAGAGUUUGAGGAUGGCAUGUAUGCGAAUCUGGGUAUUGGAAUCCCGCUGUUGGCCAGUAACUUCAUCAGUCCGGAUAUAACCGUUCAUUUACAGAGUGAAAAUGGAGUCCUGGGUUUGGGUCCUUAUCCACUUGAAAAUGAAGUGGAUCCAGACCUGAUUAAUGCAGGAAAGGAGACAGUGACUGUUCUUCCAGGUUCUUCCUAUUUCUCUAGUGAUGAAUCAUUUGCAAUGAUAAGAGGAGGCCAUGUUGACCUGACAAUGCUUGGAGCUAUGCAGGUGUCCAAGUAUGGUGACCUAGCCAACUGGAUGAUUCCUGGUAAGAUGGUGAAAGGCAUGGGGGGUGCCAUGGACCUGGUAUCCAGCGCACAGACAAAAGUGGUUGUCACCAUGGAACAUUCAGCCAAGGGCAAUGUCCAUAAAAUCCUGGAAAAAUGCAGUUUACCACUUACUGGGAAACAAUGUGUAAAUCGCAUCAUUACAGAAAAGGCUGUGUUUGAUGUGGACAAGAAAAAGGGGCUGACCCUUGUGGAAAUCUGGGAAGGACUGUCAGUGGAUGAUAUCAAGAAAAGCACUGGCUGUGACUUCACAGUUUCGCCAAAACUCAUACCAAUGAGGCAGAUUUAAACCUGAAAUGCAGACUGGGCUUGACUUGCCAGAAGGCUUGUCAUCAAAUGGGAGCUCAGUGAAGAGAAAUGGAUGUCUGUUUUGCAAUUUUACCUUUUUUUUUUUUUUUUUGUUAAGGGCUUUGUAAGUAGUUUCCAGAUGGUCAGGCUGUGACUAGCAGCCUAAAUUGUAUUUUUACUUAUGUAACUUUACCAACUGUAAUGGAAUGGUGAAUUUGUUCCCUAAAUUUUGAAUAACAUUGUACUAAAAUGUUAGCGAACCUUGUCAGAAAAAUGCCUUGUAGUCUCUCUGCCAAAGACUACGUUUUUUUAAACAGAGAUUCAGAAAAUGCCUGUGCAAAUUUAUAAUUGCCUCGGCUUUUGCUAAUGAUGUCAUUAAACCUACAAAUCACUCCUUUGCCCUAGAACUACAGCACUUAACUAUGUUAAUUCUCCUGUAAAACUGUGGGUUUCUUCUGGAGUGGUAUAUAACAAAUGUACGCAGCUGUAGAGAGGCAUCUGGACCUCUGGACUUCUCUUUUAAUGAGUUGAUGACAAAACUGUUUAUAUCACUGGAAACUGGGUCCUUAACCCUGAAUGUAUCUGCUGUUUCCAUGGUGUCUGUUUGCUGGCAUUAAGAAGCCUAGUCCUGCCAAAGUCCAGCUCUGACCCCUUCUAUUUAAAUGGUACAGGCUCAAAUGAGACUAGCUUGAAGGAGAAAAAUAAAAGGCCCCAUCUCUGUCCAGACAACUGAGAGCUGCACAGUUGUCCCAUGUUAAUCACUGUCACUCUCUAGAGAUGACCAUUCUCCUCCCCAGCCUCCAUUCAGAGGUAAGUGAAGACUGUUUUUGGCAAGAGGGCUGUCCUUCCAGUGUUACAUAGAGAAACAGGUGAUGUGGGCGCUUAGAUUUGUUCUGAAGAAAAUACAGUUGGUUGAGGGUAAAAGCAGCAAGUUUGCACCAUUUGCUGAUCAAGGCAUCAGCAAAUAGUCAAGUCUUUUGAACCCAAACUCAUGAUAACUAGAAGGCAUGCCAUGAGACAAUCAAAAUGAAAAGUUAUUCUCUCAUACUGGUUCUGAUGUAUGGUGAAGAUCUCCCUUUUCCUGAUCUUAAUUACGAAGUGACUACGUAGCAUAAUUACGAUUAUAUUUUCGAUCUCACAUCCCAGAUCAGCACAAUGUAUCUUUGUCAUGUAGAGCACGAGUUGACUGGAAAUCUGCAAUUACUAGAAUAUAAUAUUAUUUACAGGUACAAUGGUUUUAUCAUUCAUCUCAAUAGAAACACUUAAAAGACUUAAGUUAAAACAGUUCUUGACGUGUGUCUGACAUCAGCACUGGAGCAUGUUAAGUAAGUAAUUGAAAAAUAGGUAAAAUAUACAGGCAUAAAUAUACAUAUGCCUAUCAUAUAUAUGUGAUGAGCAGAGUUGAGAUAUGGUACAGAAGGGCAUUCUAAUGCUAAAUGGUAUUCACUGUGUUCAGUGCAUGUUACGGAAGGAAUAUAACACAUUUCUAGGGAACCAGAUAUGAAAUUCCUGCAAUAUCUAGCUCCUUGUGGCCUUGGACAGGUUAAGUAGCCUUUGCCCUGCAUUUUUUCCAUUCUAAAGUAAGAAAUACUUUUUUUUCCAUGGGACAGUUAUAAAAUUAGUCUUGAUGCACACAUGGGUUAUACAGCAAUAGAACUGUUUUGAUUAGAGAGAUUACUUUGGUUCAGUUGGACUUAUUCUAAACGUUUCUUUGAUAAUGUCUUGCCAAUACAAGUUACCUUUCCUCCCACAAAGGAAUAAGAAAAAUACCUUUGUAAGCACCUUUAUACUAGUACAGAAGUACUUCCCAUACUAGGCUGUAUGACUUGAAUUUUACUGUGAUGCUAAGGGGUGGUAGGCCAUUGUAUAGCCUGUAUGUGUAAGGCAAGACCCAGUGUGUUGGACACACGAGAAAGAAAUGUGUUGUGCAAGGGCCUGAUUUGUAUGCAGGGUUUGAACCUACAUUGAGCAAAGUGCUCCAGAAUAUUUUAACCCAGGAUAAGCACAAUUUUUUUUAACCUAGUUUUAGUUUUCAUCUGUUUUCUCUGCUUAGGUAUAGUCCCUAUGGUAUUCACUACUUCCAGCAAAGUUGCUUGCUUAAAGUUUGGCCAUUUCUAUUGCUAUGGAAUAAUCUAAGUGUUGGACUUAAGUUCUACUCACUGAGGUUUUGCAGAUUAAAAGUCUCCAUAUAACAAAAGGUGACUAUAUGGUCGCCCAGUAUGAAACAAUUUUGGUUUUGGAUAGAGCAGCCAAGAGACCUUUGGCUCAGUCAAAGCCUCAGUCCAUAGAGAGAUUUCACUGAAAACUGUACUGUUUGUGGUGCUGUAUGGAGCAGAAGAUGCCUCUCAUUGCCUUCAGAGCUGCGGAUGGGUUAAGAGCUACACCGAGGGCAUGGGUGGGAUCCCAGGAGGAGUCUUGUUCAUCAUCACUUAGAGGUCUAGUAGAGAGCACUCAGAAUGGAUGCUGUUUUUUUUUGGGGGGGGGGGGGGG